CUGCAGAUAGUCUACCUGAAAAUUAGUCUAACAAUCUGUAUUUAUCAAUCAGGCCAGUGCUGUAGCAAUGCAUCACUUCUUUUCCAUGAUGUUUUCACUGCUGGCCAUUAUUGGGCAUGUGAGCGGUCGGCCUCCAGUACGUCGUUAUGAGCGGAGCGUUGACCGAUAUUACAGAUCUGAGAUGACGGUGUCGAAUGGGAUGAAUUGGGGAUCGUGGGGAUAUAAGAGCAUGUGUCCAAGUGGAAGGUACGCCGCAGGGUUUAGUCUGAGGGUGGAAAGACCAAUUGACGGUGAUGAUACAGCGCUCAAUGGGAUUCGUCUUUACUGUGUCGAUCGGCCAGGCUCACGUGACCACAACUCAAUUGAGUCCGACGUAGGAGGCUGGGGUGAGUGGACAGAUGUCAAAUGGUGUCCUUCUUCUGGAUUCCUGACAUCAUUCCAGCUGAGAGUUGAAUCUUCCCAAGGACAAGGAGAUGAUACGGCCGCAAACAACAUCAAGUUCACCUGCACUGGAGGUUUUGUGCUGGAGGGUGACGGCACAAACUGGGGCAACUGGGGCGACUGGAGCCCAACGUGUCAUGGAAGAGGAAUCUGUGGCAUCAAGACACUGGUAGAAAAGCCACAGGGAAAAGGAGACGACACCGCUCUCAAUAACGUGAUCAUGUUCUGCUGUGAUUAAGGUGUAAGAGGAUGACAACAAGAACAGCAAGAUCAAAUGUAUUGUAAUUAUUGAUCAUCAUUUUAUGAGAUACUAACAUAAACCAUGUCAUACAA